ACUUAAUAUGGUGGCGUAAGAAACACUUCCGGGUCGGUUUCGAACCAGUGAGGAGUUACCAACAAUUUAUGCGAAAUAUUUCAUGUAAAUGGUCGGUUACUUUUGUUUGCUAAGCAGAAUAGGUUUUAUGGUGUUGCUGCCUACUUAUUUAUGAUAUAUUUGUCCCCUCGGCCAAACAUGCGCGCUCCGGUCUGCGCAUUCCUCGUUUGUGUGUGUAUGAGCACGGUGGCACCUCAUCAAUUUACCGAGGAAGAGAUGCAAGAUGUCAGACAACGAAUCAAAGGUAUGUUCUAUCAUGCCUACAACAGUUACUUGGACAAUGCCUUCCCCUAUGAUGAGCUUCGCCCCCUGACGUGUGAUGGUCAGGACACUUGGGGCAGUUUCUCACUGACGCUCAUCGACGCGCUGGAUACCUUGCUGGUGCUGGGAAACCAAACUGAGUUUCAGCGUGUGGCAUCACUUCUCCAAGACACAGUUGACUUUGACAUUGACAUUAAUGCCUCCGUCUUUGAGACCAACAUCAGAGUGGUGGGGGGUCUGCUGUCCGCCCACUUGCUCUCAGGCCGAGCCGGAGUGGAGCUGGAGCCUGGGUGGCCAUGUUCCGGACCACUCCUGAGGAUGGCUGAGGAUGCUGCUAGAAAACUGCUCCCUGCGUUCGAGACUCCCACUGGAAUGCCAUAUGGCACGGUCAACCUGCUGCGGGGCGUCAGUCCCACAGAGACAUCCGUCACCUGCACCGCUGGCGUGGGAACCUUCAUCCUGGAAUUUGCCACACUGAGUCGACUGACGGGCAAUGCCACAUAUGAGGACAUUGCACGCAGGGCGCUGAGGGCUCUGUGGAAGACCAGGUCGGACAUCGGACUGGUGGGCAACCACAUUGAUGUGGUCUCCAAAAAGUGGGUGGCUCAGGACGCCGGCAUCGGCGCUGGCGUCGACUCCUACUUUGAGUAUCUGGCGAAGGGAGCCAUCUUGCUGCAGGAUGAGGAGUUGCUGCACAUGUUUGACGCCUACGAUCGGGCCCUUGAGAACUACACGCGCUUUGAUGACUGGUACUUAUGGGUGCAGAUGCACAAAGGUACUGUGUCCAUGCCCGUGUUCCAGUCCCUUGAAGCCUUCUGGCCCGGUCUGCAGACUCUGCUAGGCAACCUGGACGGUGCUGUCAGAACCUUCCAGAACUAUUACUCAGUGUGGAGGCAGUUUGGAGGUCUGCCCGAGUUCUACAGCAUCUCUCAGGGCUACACCGUGGACAAGAGGGAGGGAUACCCACUCAGACCCGAGUUGGUCGAGAGUGCCAUGUACCUGUUCAAGGCGACAGCCGAUCACACGUACCUACAGCUCGGCCUGGACGCUGUCGAGUCUGUUGAGCGGAUCGCCAAGACGCCAUGCGGCUACGCCAGCGUGAAAGACCUGCGAGACCAUCAGCUGGACAACAGAAUGGAAUCCUUCUUCCUGGCUGAGACUAUCAAGUACCUCUACUUACUCUUUGACCCCACCAACUUCCUGCAUAGUAGUGACUCAGAGUCAUGGGUUGAGGGAGGAGAGGACGGCCAGUGCAUCCUGAGCUCGGGGGGCUACAUCUUCAACACAGAGGCCCAUCCGCUGGACCCGGCAGCGCUCUACUGUUGCAGCCGUCACGGCCGUGAACAACAGGAGCUCCGCGACAUCCUCCUCGGCCUAUCACAGCCUGCUAAGGAACAUAGCGGCCGCUCGAAAGAGCCUUCGCUGCAUGGCCAAUCAGAGAGCAUCGCUCUGAAAGCGGGUGAGCGGAAGACGCCCCCCACCCUGUCCUGUCCCGCUCAGCCUUUCAGCGCUCGACUCGCCGUAUUGGGACAAGUUUUCACUGAUAACACCUGACCUUGUGUGUCAUGUGACUUACUGGCUGUGUCUGUGGUUACUAAAUCAAGACGACAAUAUAUUUUUAUUUAUGACCUUGUGUCACAUCAUCUUUGUUUACUGAACAUCACCAUGAGGGGGCAGCGUUGACCAGGAAAAAAAACGUCUGAAGUUGGCUGACUACAGAAGCAUCCAUCCAUUCGUCCAUCCAUUUUCUAAUUAGCUUAUCCUCACCAGGGUCGGGAACGUGCUGGCGCCUAUCCCAGCUUUCUUUGGGCAGUAGGCGGGGGGGGGGGGGGGGUACACCUUGAACUGGUUGCCAGCCAAUCGACUAUAGAAGCGCUAUGACCUCAUAUGAGACACCCCCUCAUCUUGUCUCAUUUUCCACUGUUUCCCAUGUGUCAUCAUUCUCUGUUACCAUCCCAUGCGUUUCCAUGCUUAUCUUGUGUCCGCCUAUGGUUUUAUGUUAUCUAUGUUCACUUAUUUUACUGUAAACAUGCAGUUCAAUAACUGUGCACUGCACGUUUGUGUUUUUGCACUUGAAAAAAAAAAUUUUAAUCGCAAAAAAAUUGGAACAGAGAGAACUGAGAUAUUUGGAUUUUACAUUUGAAGCUUUGAAAGUUUCAUAUUUGCUUUGAGAACCAAACUUUUGUUUAUUUGUUAUCAGUGACACACACAAAUGAAUGAUACAGGUUGAUCUGUCUUACCAGGAAUCACAAAACUGUUGAUACAAAUAUUCAAUUCCAUCAGGCGCAGCUCGUGCUUCACUUGGAAGUGUACUCCUUACUAUUCUCUUAAUUAGCCUUUAUGAAAGUGUCCAUUUGUACCCGUAUCAGAGAAAUUUGGAAGAGAUGUAUCCAUAGAUGCAUCCUGUAAGAACCCACAAUGACACCGAUAUCACACAAUAUUCAAAUGUCCUGGAAUCCUCUUUCAACGUGCUUAUGUUUGACUUUUAACUCAUCAAGUCCCAAAGUGACAUUUACCGGGACACAUCCUGAUGCAGCCAUGUCACACUACGAGAUGUCUGGAUGUGUGACAUUUCAACCAUGGUGGUCAAUUUUGGAGGUGCAUGUCACGGAGGCAGCUAAUUUCUUAAAACCCGCCGUUGGUUACUUCAUGUAGGCCUCAAACCAUGGCACAAUGAAAAUUGUAAGAUGAGGCUUGUAUUUAACCCGUUAUAAUUUUUGUGGAGAUUCAUAUACAGCAACUUUUGAAAUACAUGUCUCAUCAGGUUGUUCUCCUUAAAAUAAUCAUGAAAAAUGAAUUUUUGAAAUGAAAUUUACAAGGCUUAAACAGACCAAAAGAAAGUGAAACCAGUCAUCAAUUAGAAGCUGGCUACAUUUGAGGAGUUUUGUGAACAACACCCCAGGAUAUUUGCAUUCCACCCUAUUCCAACUGAGGACCAUUCCCUCAUAUUUGGAGGUUCUGAUUUUCAUUCCAACCGCUUCAAAAUCGGCUGGGAACAGUUCCAGUGAGAACAGGAGAUCACAGUUUGAAGAAGCCAGAAGUACGACAUCAUCUGCAAAAAGCUCAGGUGCCAUACUGAGUCCACCAAAUCGGACCCUUUCAACGCCUUGACUAGUUGACACAUCAAAAUGAUGUGAACAUUUAUUCUGUCAAUCAGGGGUGCCCAACCUUUUUUGUCUAAAAUCUACAUUUUAAGUAUCUAAUCUUCCGUGAUCCCAUACACAUCUCCACAAACAUGCUUUGAAUGAGAAUCAACAAAAAUAGAUACCUGUACAUCUCAACAGCUCUAAUCACAAGCUGCAAUUGCAGGCUGCUGACCACUAACUAACCACCAUUGGUUAAAGGUGACUUCCUUUUUUUUAAGACUCUUUUGUUGAUCAGAGAUUUAUAGAAUAUGUUGGCUGUUGUGUACACUAACAUAAAAUAUAAUAUUGAUAGCAUGCAUACAUGCAAAAAUAUGUUUAAAAUGUUUGGGGUUUUUUUCCUUUUCACCCUAUGCUCCUCGUGGUCGAUCUGGGACCAUUUCACAGACUACUGUUUGACCGGUUGGGCACUCCUGCUCUAGACCAGCAUAGGAAUUAAAUGAUGUACAUUACGUCAUAAGGAGAAUAGAAUAGGAUAAAACAAAUUAAAUUAAUAAAACCAACUACAAAUGAAAGAUCUUAGCAUGAGAUAGUGCUAAUGUUCCAACAAGACUAAUGAACCAACGCAAUACCUUUCACCCAGUUUAAGCACCCAUUUUUUUGUAUGAACUGUAUGAAUUUGUCAAGUUAUGAAGACAGGAAGUGGCAGGAAGAAUGGGAGGGGAAAACAAAUGAAGAAAAGGGAAAAUUGUGGUCUCCGGUGCCAUGAGGCGGGUGCGGUGCACCUUGCUGUUAGCUGAAAUCUCUGGCCCUCUUCAGAUGUGCUCUUGAGGGAGUUCUGGGAGAGCUCGUGUGGUCGACACGUUUGUCGGGCCUGGCAGCAGAGCAUGAGCAUAGUAUACACCUGUGGGCCUCGUCCUUGUAGGGUAAACGCACAAGAUUUGAGCACUGAACGCGAAAAGGGAAGAAAAAGAUUUUUGAAGUAUAUAAAAUGUGGCGGCGAGGAAAAAAGGGGCACCCCAGACAGAGGACCCAGUCGAAGGCACAUGGCCCAAAAAUUCUGUCGUCCGGCCAGAGGAGG